CAGAAGAAGCAGCGUCAGCGGCAGUGACGUCACGUGACGCUGUUACGCCGCGCAGGAAGGGGCGGAGCUUCAGCGCAGCUGAGCGACGUGUUCUAAUCGCACGGUUAGCAGCUCAUUCAUCACAGAAGAAAUGGUGUUACUAGAAAACGACGCGUUUCUAACUGAACUCACUCGGUUGUUCCAGAAGUGCAGGACCACCGGCAGCGUCGUCAUCACUUUAAAGAAAGAUGACGGCAGAACGAAGCCGGUCCCCAGAAAAGGCCAUCCAGAGACGUUUGAAGCAGCCGACAACAAAUGUCUCUUCAGAGCCUCGGACGGAAAGAGCAAAAUCAGCACAGUGGUCAGCACCAAAGAAGUCAUUAAGUUUCAAAUGGCGUAUUCAAACUUGUUGCGAGCGCACAUGGACGGCUUGAAAAAGAAAGACAAAAAGAGUAAAAGCAAGAAAACUAAAGCCACGCAGUGAGAGUGUGUUCAUCUGAUCCGACACUCACCAGUGCCAUACCACCUUCCCAUCAGCCCCUGCGGCGGGCGGCUCGCCAGCAGAGCUCCGUUUACUACAAGAGCCACGGUUUAAAGAGCGUUGAGACUUCUGUAGGUGAAGACCGUGUUGGUCUGGAACCCAUCAGUUUAUAGUUCAAACCCAGUUUUGAUUUUUUAUAUAUAUAUAUAUAUAUAUAUAUGGUGAGUGAACAUUACGGUCGGUAACUUUCUCCAUCUCUGCUGUUUGUUUUUAUUUUGAACAUUUAGUUUCUUAUUUUAUCGAAUCAGAUGAUUUUAAGUUUGAAGGAUGCUCUGUGGGGGGUUUUGAGGACUAACAGUGGAGGUUAUAUAUGAACCCAUUCUUGUAGAUUUGCAAAUAAAAGAUGAUGUUUAUUCACUGA